AUGACUCAACAAGAAACAUUCAAAGUAUGCGUAUUUUGCGGAUCUUCAUUUGGAAAUAAAGCCAUUUAUGCUGAAGAAGCAUCUAAAUUUGGUAUUGCAUUGGCCGAAAAGAAAUGGGGAUUGGUUUAUGGUGGUGGAUCUACAGGAUUAAUGGGUGCUGUAGCUAGAGGUUGUGCUACUAAUGGAGGAUAUGUUCAUGGUGUUAUUCCAGAAGCUUUGAUUAGUAGAGAAAGAACCGAUGAAGAAACUUUGAAUGAUAAAUUGAAAAAAUCAAUUGAUAAUCAUGAUGGAUCUACUCCUAUUCCUGAUUCUAGUCAAUAUGGGAAAACUACAUUGGUUAAAGAUAUGCAUACUAGAAAACGAUUAAUGGCCCAAGAAUCAAAUGCAUUUGUUGCAUUACCAGGUGGUAUUGGUACAAUUGAUGAAUUGGCAGAAAUAACUACUUGGUGUCAAUUGAAUGUUCAUGCAAAACCAAUUGUUAUUUACAAUAUCGAUGGUUAUUUCGAUAAUUUUUUGAAAACAAUUCAAGGUUUUUGUUGA